AUGUGUGCUAAAGGACUACCUGGUGUGCCAGGGGAACCAGGUGUAAACGGUUUCAACGGUGAAGAUGGUUCGCCUGGACAUGAUGGUCUCUCAGGCGUACAUCCGCCAAUAGCGUUGUCGUUGGAUGGAUCUUGUCGGUGGUGUCCGCCAGGCCCAACGGGUCCAGAGGGUCCCAUUGGACCGCCUGGAAUAUCAGGUCAAAAAGGCCCGAAUGGAAGUCCCGGAAAAUGCGGAUUAGAUGGUUCGCCAGGACCUCCCGGAAGAAAAGGUGUCAGAGGUGAAUUCGGCAAGGCUGGUACCCCGGGACCAAUUGGUCAGCCAGGCGCCGAUGGCCUCAUAGCCUUUAGAGGGCACUGUGGAGAAAAAGGACUUCCUGGAUUGUCAGGUGAUCCAGGACCUUCAGGAGUACACGGAGUACGCGGCAGUCCUGGCAUUCCGGGAGAGGAUGGUCCUGUUGGUCCCGUAGGUCUAACAGGAUUUCCUGGUGUAGAAGGUCCAGAAGGCAUGGUCGGAGUGCCCGGAAAUCCUGGAGCUGAUGGAAUGUAUUGUCCCUGUCCCAAGCGAAGCGGCUCUCCGUAUUAUGGACGAUAUAGAUUUUCAGAUUAG